AUGCCGGGCGCUUCGCCGAGACUGUCGCCGACAGUGUCGCCGAGACUGUCGCCACGACUGUCGCUGGCGGCGUUGGAUUCCAUCGUUUUGGGGGAAGAGCUGUGGCGGAGCAUAGAGAGGCUCGACGGGCGCACCGACGACGACGAGGGAUGCGACGACGACGGGCGCGGCGCGCAGGAGGGGUGCGACUCCGGCAAUGACGGCGCGACGCCGUGGGACGACGUGGUGAAGGACCUCUUUCCCGAGCUGCACGCCGCCGCCCAUGAUGCCGCCCAUGAUGCCGCCCAUGAUGCCGCCCAUGAUGCCCGCCAUCAUGAUGCCGCCCCGCCACCGCCUCUGCCGCCGGCCACAUCGGAUAUCGUGCUGCAGGUUCCGGCUAUUUCGUCUCCCCCUGCAGCCCCCUCCCCUCGCUCCGCCCCCCCCUCCCUCUUCGGCUCUCUCCCCGCAGCUAGCAUCGAAGCGCCCCCCUCCGCCUGCGCGCGCGCGGAUUCACCGCCACUGGAUGCCGCGCAGCUGCCUUCCGCUGGCCGCGAGCCCAUUGGCGCUGCGACGAGGCUCGUGCGCGGGGCGCCGCACACUGGGGGAACAGCUCCGCCGCUACUCUGCGCGCGGGCGCCUGACGGCCACGACCGCCGCUCUUGCACGCUGCUCGCGCUGCCUGCCGCGUCUGCGCGCAUCCCGCCUCCGCCAGGCGCGCUGAAACGGCGGGCGGAUGUGCUGGGGACUGGCCUCAUUGAGACGCCACCAGCCUCGAGACGCAGCGGGGGCGCCGGCGCGACCGGCGCUGGUGGUGGUGCUGAUUGGCGGGGUCCCGCGCACACAGGAGGCGGGAGGGUGAGGCCUGUCCCGCCCUCGCCCCUCCUUCUCCCACCCCUCGCUCUUCCGCCCUCCCCUCCCCCAGCCCUCACAGCCCCUUCCCCCACCUUUUCAACCCUCACGCUCCCUUCCCCCCUCGCACUCCCCACGCCAUCCACGCCCUUCCCGCCUGACCGCGCACCCUCUACGGCCAUUCCACACCCCCCUCACCCUUCACCCGCCCGCUGCCCUACCACCAUCCAGUCCCGCCCCUGGCGCAAUCACGGGGCGGCUGAGAGGCCAGUUGGCGGAGCUCUAGGGGGAACGGCCGUGGGGGGAGGAGCGACGGGGAGAGGAGCAGCCGUGGGGGCAGGAGCUGCAGUGACAGGGAGAGCAGCAGUGGGCAUCAGGAAAAUCGUGGGCGCACACACAGUGGCGCUGGGAUUGCGAGGAGUGGGCAAGGCAGGCGCAGCAGCAUCCAUGGAAAUAAAAGCGAUGGCAGCAGAACGGGAGACGGCCACAGCAGCAGCAGCACCUGGGGAAAGAGGAGGGUCAGCAGAGCUUGCCACGGCAGCAGGCGGGGCAGGCAGCGCCGCAGGCGAGGGGCAGGCGGGGGGAAAGCGGCGGAAGGUGGGGGGCGGGGGUGGGGGGCGCGUGUGCAUGUCAGCGGAAGCAGCGGCGGCACUGGAGGAGUACCGGGAGAAGGCAGCACAGCGGCAGCGGCGAGGCACUGCCAUGGACGCCCAGAGCGUGGCUGCGAGGCGGAGGAGAGCCACCAUCAGCAACAGAAUGGGCGUGCUCAAGUCACUGGUGCCGGGCAGUGCACGGCUGGACACGGCAUCACUGCUGGAGCGAGCAGCAGCCUACAUCGCCUUCCUGCAUGACCACUCCCUCGCUGCGGGCGCCGGGCACGCCGACAUGCUGCAAGCACGCUUCACUGAUGGGCUGGGUGGGACGGAUGAGGGUGUGGAGGGCGGUGGCAGUGACGGCUGUGCUGAUGCUGCUGCUGCUGCUGCUGCUGCUGCUGCUGCUGGGGAUGGUGGUGCUGGGGGUGGGGGUGGAGACAGGGGUGCCAGCGAGGAUGAUGUGGAGUGCAUGGACAUCUGA